GAAAACAAAGAUGAUUUUAAAGAAUAGGGUGAAGAAGUAUAGCUCUCCAAAGACGAGAGUCAAUUUUGAAAGACCAGCUCCAAUGCCUCCAGCUACUGUUGAUAUGGGUCCAGAAUUUGAUGUACUUUUUAAUGAUAUUAGGAAGGAGAAAGCCCAUAUUCUCAAAUAAAACCCGUGAUCGGAGCAAGGACAUAGAAGAACAAAAAACUAGGAAGAAUAAUAUCAUCGCCUUCAGGAAUUAUUCUGCCAAGAAACAGGAAGAAAGGGUCGAGCCCAAUUACCAAGACCAGGACGAAACCACCUCUUUUAAUAUGAGUCCUAUAUCUUCCAUAGACUUGGCCAAGAAGAAGUAUAAGAUACACAGAGAUGGAAAGAAAACUCCCUCAGUGUUCAAAGAGAAAAAGCAUUUAGGGUAUCAGCCUAGAUAUGAAAUUUAUACUAGGAAUACAGGGUUCAAGCCUAAGCCAGCUAAGGUGGUUAAUCUUUAUUGUGAUAAUAAUAACAUCAAGGUUGAUGAACCAGCUCAAAAAGAUUACUCAUCACCAGUAGUCUCUCGAUUGAAGAAAUUCAAAUAGCGAUCCGAUAAGCUUAGGAAGUCCCAAAGAGAAAGUAUUUGAGUAUAACUUGAAUGAAUACAAAGAGAUUGCUAAUAAUUCAAAUUGAGCUUUGAAGGUACCAAAGAUGUAUCCUCAAGAGUCUAAACCUGAGAGUAGUCCAUUAACAUCCUCUAAUUAUAACAAAUGGGAGAAGCAUUACACAAGGUCAGUGAAGAUCGACCUUACUUCUGACAGAGAGUCAUCAAUUGGUUCGAGAAACAGUUCAAUCAAAUCACAAAAACUUACUUGGAGAGAUAAAGCCAAAUUAUUCAAAGUUACCAUUGAAAGGGAGGAAAAAUAGCGAGAUUGACAAUCAUGAAGGCAGGAAUCAGCUAAAACUAUACAGUGAUUCAAAGUUUGACAAGGGCCAAAGGAAAAGUGUAGCAAAUAUUAAUAAAAAGAUCCACCCUGUUUUAGCCCCUUCUCGAUAUGGCAAAAAGGCUAGGAUUAGUAAACAACAGAAUUUUAUUCCCACAUCUACCCCAGGGAAGAAAUUUGGCAAGAAACAAGAGUCAAGACCGACCGAAGUUAAGAGGAAAUAUAACUAUUCCGCAAUGAAGUCAGGCAGCAGAGAUAAUCUUAGCUGCUCAGCUUAUACUUCAAGAUCAACAAUGAGAAAGAGUUUAUACAGGAAUGGAAAAUCUAUUGACCAAACUCUUAAGAGAGGCUCUCAAGUUGUUGACGUAAAGUGAAUGAACUGUGGCACUUAUAUUCCAGAGGAUAAGGUUAUGUAUCAUUCACAAGUCUGUGGAAGAGUCACAACAACAAUGAAGUAUUCACAAAAAUUGAGUAAGAUAACUCAUCUUCAAAGUGAGUUGCGAGGAUUGAAAUAAUGCAAUUCGUGAUUCUAUUAAUAAUGUCAAUGAAGAAGAUGAUGCUCAUUACUUCUUUAAACUACAAGAAAUAGUGAGCGAUCUACUCUCAAUCCAAAGUUUUGACUAUAAAGCCAUUGAUAUGCUAAAAUUCAUCCAUAAGGAUAUCUGCUAUCUCUAUGACACAUGUGAAGGAAAUGCUAAUACUGUUCUGUAUAUCGAAAGAAUUGCUGAAAUAACUGAUUCUUUGACUAAUGAAGUCCAGUUAAAGGAGAACCCGAUCAGAGCAAAUCAUGGUCUUAAAUCUGCCUUGAAGAAAAAUAGGGAGAGUUAUAAUGAAAGGGUUUCCUCUAGUAAUUCCCGUGAUUCAGAAAGACUGACCAUGCUGAACACAAAGAGGAAUGAACUGAUAAGUCUUAAGAGGAAAACCUUAGUACUUAUGAACAAACUUAUGAAUAAUAAGCAAGCUAAUGUAGACAACAGUAGUGAUUUUGAGGACUGGAAGAGAGCGCCUCAAAAAUUAGAGCCUCAAAAGGUUUGUUUCUCUGGAUAUGUCAGAUCCCAAAACCUGAAGAAAUGCCACCCCAAAGAUGUGGGAUCGAACCACAAAUAUUUGAACAGAGAUUAUUACUGAAAUUAAAAUUUA